UUUCCCAAUUGCCUCUCACAACUCAACACUUGACAGGGAACUUAUAGAUAGUUGAAUUAAUCAAAUCAACAAAUUGUAUCAUUCUCUCUUCAUAAAGGACAGACAGAGAUGAUCAGCUUCAGCAGAGCAGCAGCAGAAGAAGGUGACUUGUCACUGCCAGUGGGGUUUAGAUUUCGUCCCACAGAUGAAGAGCUGGUGGACUACUAUUUGAAGAAUAAGGUGCAGGGCACGGAUUUCCAUGCCGAAGGCAUCAUUGAUGAAAUUGAUAUCCUCAAGUUCGAGCCAUGGGAUUUAGUUGCGAAAUCGUUGAUGAAGCCGGACGAUGAGAACGGGUUCUUCUUCAGUCAACCAGAGUACACCCAAAAAAAAAAUACCAAGAGGAGCACAGAGGAAGGCUUUUGGAAGAUAACGGGCAGAGAACAUGACAUCAGGACUCGAGACACGAGAAGAACCGUCAUCGGCAAAAAGAGGAUUCUGACCUUUUACAUAGGUCAUGGUCGCAAUUCCGACAAGACCAACUGGGUCAUGCAUGAGUAUUAUAUCCCUAAAGCCCAUGCCAACCAGAGGGACUUCGUUCUCUGUCACUGUCACUUGAAGAAAAAUGUGAAAAAAUCAGAUGAGAUUCAUACUGAUGUUGCAACAACCUGUGAUGAAGGUGAGCCUAGUACUCACAAUGCAUCUGAUUUCGAACAUCCACCAGCACAUGAUAUUCUAGAGGAAUAUGUUGAUUACAAUGCGUUGCAACCUGCAUUUGCAGCGAAUGACUUGGAUGUUGAAUUCGCAGAGUUCUUAGAGACGGUUCUUGUUGAACCAGAUGGUGGAGUAACCAGUGACACAGACAUGGAACCAUUCCAUGGACAUGGACAGGCAGAAAUGCUUAGUGAAGUAUUCUAUGGUUCGAGCCAGCCCAGCCGAGAUACAGGUGGCAUAUUUCGUAACCAGAUCUCCCCACAGGCUCCUUCUUCUGUCAAUGUAGCACCUAAACCUCAGACUGAUCGAGUUCAAUUAAAGUCUGAUACAUCUGAAGGAGCGCGCGGACCACGACACCAACCAGGUCCCAUCAUUGAUACUUCCGCUGACGAAUAUUAUACAAAGGAAAAAACACGCCGAAGAACAAAUCCACCAGCAAAGCCCGAACAACCUGCAUAUCGUCGAACUGCUGCUGAUUUGCCCCAGAAGCAGAUCUCUCUAACAAAUUCUAGCCAAGGCAAGAAGGUGGCUCAGGGCAAAAAUGCAGAAAAGGGUAUGGAGCAGACACAGAAUAGAACAACCGUCAGCAAUUGGAAGGGUUCCUUCAUUACCUGGCAAACAUCCUCGUUGACAACAAGUCCCCCAUCAGCCUACAUUUCCAACAUUUUUCUAGGCCUUUCUUUGUUCUAUUUUUGUGUCCGGGAAGUAGUUUUAUUUGGGGAGUGGAGCUAAGCUAACUCACCAGAAAAUAUUUCAUUCUAGUACGAAUAGAACCCAUCUGUAAAAUGGGUCUCAUAUUUCGGUACGCAAAAGAUGUAUAUAUGAAUAUAGUCCAUAUAAUUUUUACAAAUUCUAUCAAAUAGCGAUGGAAAAAAAAGAAAUACAAAGCGAAGGUUUGACG